ACCCUGACCAGAUCACCCUUGCCUUUUAAGCACCCUUUUCCCCAUUUUCAUGCUUCUUUUGCUCUCCUUUUACAGUCCAACCACUCCCAUCAUUAGCAUGCUUGAAUGUCCAGAGACAGGGAGAGAGUUGAUGAGAUAGGAAAGAAGAUCAAGACAGAUGCAUGUUAUGAAAUGGGGAGGAGACAUCUGUUGGGUUCUCCAGGGAGCUUGAAUACAAUCACACCUUGUGCCGCAUGUAAGCUCUUGAGGAGAAGGUGUGCCGAAGAGUGUCCUUUCUCUCCUUAUUUCUCCCCGCAUGAGUCCCACAAGUUUGCCGCUGUUCACAAAGUUUUUGGUGCAAGCAAUGUCGCCAAGAUGUUAAUGGAGGUGCCAGAGAGCCAAAGAGCUGAUGCUGCAAACAGUCUGGUUUAUGAGGCGAACUUGAGGUUAAGAGAUCCGGUAUACGGGUGCAUGGGUGCAAUCGUCACUUUGCAGCAACAAAUCCAGACACUCCAAGCCGAAUUGAACGCAGUAAGAGCUGAGAUACUGAAAUACAAGUUUAGAGAAGUUACUACUAGUAGUAACAUCAUCAUCCCUUCUAGUCACACUCACGCUGCUUUAAUUUCUGCUGGUGGGGCGGUAUCAAUUGCUGCUCCGCCGUCUCCUCUUCCGCCAACCCGUCCUCCUCCUGUUCCGUCCAGGCCUCCACCUUCCAGUGUUGUCCCAUCAUCUUCCACAUCUAAUUCUCUGUACACAUCGUCAACCAGUGCAACCGGAUAUAGCUCCAUUUGAAGUGAUAGUGUUCCAUAUUUCGAUUAACUCCAUAAGCUAAGGUGGAAUUUGGGCGAGGAGACGCUGGACAAGAUCCAUCAUUGAUCGUCACACGUGCAGGUAAUACGCCUUGGGUUUUGAUUAAGCUCAUAAUACGAAUAGGAACGUGUGGAAGGGAGACAAAGAACAUCUACAGAUCCUGAUCCUCCCAUGUGAAG